CGGUCCUGCUACACUGCAUGCUGGGAUAGGUUUAGGCGUUUUUUCGGUUUCUCGUGGCGUCUUAACUUGCGGUGGUCGGCUCGCCGCACAUUUGAGAUAAGAAAGGACAGCUCCAGUGGAUGUCCUGUCAGCUUUUGCCGCCCCUCCCCACGCACGGCGUCUGCAGUCCAACGCAAAAAUGUCCUCCCGGGAUUCUCCGCAGAUGGCACGCUACAGAGACACCUGCCCCAUAGACUGCAAAGUGUACGUCGGUGAGUUGGGCAACAGUGGCACCAAGCAUGAGUUGGAGGAGGCUUUUGGCUACUAUGGGCCCCUGCGCAACGUUUGGGUAGCCCGAAGUCCGCCAGGCUUCGCUUUCGUCGAGUUUGAGGACCCCCGAGACGCACGGGACGCUGUGCGAGCACUUGAUGGCAAGAUGCUUUGCGGCCGCCGUGUGCGUGUAGAGUUGUCCACAGGGAAGUCUCGCAACUCUUACCGUGGCUCCUCACGCCCAUUCCAACCAACUGACCGUUGCUACGACUGCGGCGAAAGGGGACACUAUGCCAGAGAUUGCAGAGUCUACUCGCGCAGGAACUCCUCGCGCCGUAGCCGAUCAAGGUCCAGGAGCCGGUCAUUCAGUCCCCGCCGUGGAGGUGGUGGUGGUGGUGGUGGCCGGUCCCGCUCGCUGAGCCGGUCGCCGCGGAGGUCCCCGCCUGCUGGAUCACGAAGCCGCUCACGCAGCCGGUGAGUGGCACAACCCCCUCCCAUGGCCACUGCAGGUCACCGAUUGCCAAGAGGGGCCGCAGUGGAUCCAAGUCACCGAGCCGCAGGGACUCGCGCAAUGGAAACCUUGACUGAACAGAUGCAUGCACGCAUCCUUAAACGCAGGUGCCGGCAGCAGCAAACCUCAUCAAUCCUGCAUUCAUCACCCCUAAAAAAAGCUUGCAUCAGCAUUCUCCCAAAUCCACAUUGCAAACAUUUCACGCGUGUCCUCCUUGGCUUGGCUAUAAGCAUAGGUCUUUUCAUUCAUUUGUUCCUGUGAAGACAUGUUCAUUCUCUUAGGUCAAUUUAUUUCCGCAAGACGUUCUGUGGGGAGGAAAAGGCAUGGGGUAGGCACUUGUCUUGUUUAAGGACAUUCCAAGUGAAAGCCCGCAAUCAGUCGAGCUGCCCACAAACAUCUUGCCACAGAACAUUUAACUACCACCAUACGUUUCCUUCUCUGUGAAAAAUAAAAAUAAAAUGUGCUGUCAUCACC